UUUUUUCAAAGAAACACUAUUGUCUUAUUUUUCAGGCCAAUAAUAUAAUGGGCCCAAUUAUAGGCCCAUAACAGGACCGUUUUAUAGAGUAAGCCCAUAGAGCCCAACUCCAAACUUGCCCCCUCUCCCAAGAAAAAUGGCAGAACACAAUCAUCUUCAUCUUCGUCUUCAUCGUCACCUCCUGCCUCUCUCUACUGCUUUCAAUUGCAAUGGUGACUCAAUCGCAAUCUCUGCCUUCUGCUUGCAACGCAUACCUGACCGCCGCCGCUUCCAUCGCCGCCUCCGUCAUUCUCCUCAAGUCCAUCGCCAAUGAUCUCAUUCCGGACGCACUCCACGACUAUUUCUCCUCCUCCUUCCUCAAACUCUCCCGCCGCUUCUCCUUCCACCUCACCGUCGUCAUACACGAAUACGAAGGGUUAACUUCGAAUCACAUGUUUCACGCUGCGAAUUUGUAUCUAGGCACCAAAAUCUCCUCCUCCACGCAAAGGAUUAGAGUGAACAAGCUCGAGAAAGAGCAGGAAAUGGCGGUCGCUGUCGACAAGGAUCAGGAGAUCAUCGAUUCCUACUCUGGAGUUAAAUUCAAUUGGAUUCUGCAAUCCUCCGCUGUCAAGACGUCGCCGCCUCAUUCCGGCAAGAAUAGCAACCCUAGAACCGAAGUCCGACACUUCGAAUUAACUUUCCCCAAAAAACACAAGGAUUUCGCACUGAAGGUUUACCUGCUGCAUAUCCUGAGGACAGCGAAGGAGAUGGAGGAAGAGAACAGAACCGUGAGAUUGCACACGGUAGAUUACAAUGGCACUGAUUAUUGGGGCUCUGUAGCGAUGAACCAUCCCGCGACGUUCGAUACAAUGGCGAUGAAUCCCGACGUUAAAGCCGAUCUGAUUGAGGAUCUUGACAGGUUCGUGAGGAGGAAAGAUUUUUACCGGAGAGUUGGCCGGGCAUGGAAACGUGGCUACCUGUUUUACGGGCCACCGGGGACCGGAAAAUCCAGCUUGAUCGCCGCCAUUGCCAAUUACCUCAAAUUCGACGUCUAUGAUUUGGACUUGCGAGAAGUUCAGUGCAACUCCGACUUGAGAAGGCUGCUGAUCGGCUCCGGAAACCGGUCGAUACUCGUGAUCGAAGACAUCGAUUGCAAUUUCGGGUUGCAUAACCGGGAAACGGAUAAUCCGGCGGUGGCCGAGGAGGACAAGAUAACAUUGUCUGGGCUUCUGAACUUCAUUGAUGGGCUGUGGUCGAGCUGCGGGGACGAGAAGAUCAUUGUGUUCACCACGAAUCACAAGGAUCGGCUUGAUCCGGCGCUGCUCCGGCCGGGUCGAAUAGAUGUGCAGUUGGAGAUGUCCUACUGCACAUUCAGCGGGUUCAAGAUUCUUGCUUGCAAUUACCUGAAUGUAGAGGAGCAUCCACUAUAUGUGGAGGUCGAGGAUUUGUUGAGAAAAGUCGAAGCAACGCCAGCAGAAGUCGCCGGAGAGUUAAUCAAGAGCGACGACGCAGGCGUUGCGUUGCAGAGCCUAAUUGUAUUCCUCGAGGAGAAGAAAAAAUCCAAUUUAGAUAAAACCAUACCAUGAUUCGAAUCGUUGCCAAUGCUGAUGAAUGGAAAUGGCAAUUUUCAAAGAUGCAAAUCAGUCAGACAUACAGCGGAACAAUUCUGGUAAAUAUUUCUCUGAAUCAUAUAUAGAAGAAUCGAAUCAAAUUGAAGCUGAUGAAUCCACUGGUUUGAAGUGCCAACGUAUUUGAAGCAAUCCGCCAUGGUAAUCCAGCUUUAUCUGCUUCAUAUAAAUCUUCAUUCUUCUUCAGCUCAGCUCACAUAUGUAUACAUAUAUGCUAUUCUGUACACUGGUACAUCAAAAUGUUAGUCAUGGUAGUGUUUGAUGAACAUUACAAAAACAAAGAUGGCAGACUAGGAGUGAUUCUUAGCUACCUUGAUGAUUAACUCUCCUCUGAGAUUGUUGCUUCCUGGAAUUGCUGCACUGUUGUGUCUAUUUUCAUCUUUACAAUCCAUUUCAUAUGUUAUUUUCACAAGUUACAGUGGUAGAUCAUAAACCCAUAGCAUGAGAAUUCUAAUUAAAUUAAUUACCUUCGAUAAAAUGUUGUCAUCUUUCCAUGGACCUUUAUCUGAUCGCAGACAGCCACCCUCGUUCGCGCAGGUACAGCUACCGCCGAGAAAUUCUGGGAGCACACUGUCAACAAAGCUAAUGUGAGUUCUUACAUAACUACAAGUGUGUGUGUGUGUGUGCAGACAGAUGUGCUUUAAUAAACAGUCACCUUUCAUCGAUCGCUUCAAGCAAUUUGUCUUGGUAUUUGCUGCCAAGCACCUGAAUUUUUGAAGUCGAAUCGGGAUCAAGUAAAGGCUUGAUGAAAUUCCAGAUAACCCGGAAGCCAGAACCGGCAUUGAUGAUGAACAUACGGUGAAGUGUCUGCAAGACAUUCCAGAAAAACAAAAAAAAUGCUUAUGUUGCAGAUGCAGCUCCAGGAAUCAAGAAAUAACAGAGAGGAAUAGUCGGGGAGACGUACUUCAGGAUAAUUGUCAUUAUCGAUCUUCUGAACCAUCUUAAUGAAAUCCAUAACAGGGCCGGUUAAAUUCUUAAAACCCUGGAUGAACGGAGACGGACAAGGAGAUCAGAUCAAAACACAGUCGACAACGGCUAAUCUAAUCAUCACUGCUCCAUUCUUGAAAAAUUAGAUCGAGAAAAACAGUACCAAUCCUUGGACAUCCAAAAUAGUUGUGCUCGUGUCUAUAUGCCGGUUGGCUGCAACAGAACAUGCCGGGAACCUUGUAGCAAGAGUUUUCUCAAACUCCUUAACUUGGUAUUUCACAAAUCGCUCCAAUGUUGUGAUUUGCAGCAGCCUUUCGACAUCAAUCAUCCCCAAUCUUUCUAUGUACACAGGUCUUCCAGCCUUGUCAACGCCGUGAUAACCAUGAGGGUAAUAUUUCUGCACUUCUUCAAUUUCUUUGAAGUCGAAGUCCUGAAAUUUUGAUUAAGUUAAUGAACAUGUUACUCAUCCAGCACAUAAGAAAAAUGUAAGAUCACCUCCAUGAUUGUAUCAGAGCCAAAAUUUUUCCUCCAUUGAAGCAUGUUCUUCCACAUGACCUUUGCUUUUUCGAUAUUAAACUUCCUUGCUUUCAGAAAUCUGCAUAUAUGAUUAAUGUCAUUAUUUCAAUCGAUCGAUGCUGAAGGAUUGUAGAUGAUAGACGCUUACCGUAACAUUAUAUGAUAAUUGUCGAAUUUUGCAGGAAGCAAAUUGUCCAUGGCCAGUGUUUGCCUGAAAGCAUCUACAACAUUUUGCUCCUCGAUGUCACCAAUGUGUUCGGCUUCACAAACUCCGACAUCGUUUCGUUUUCUCGUCUUGUUUCUUAAGGAAUGUCUGAGCUUAGAGGAUGCACUUUUAGCUUUCUUCAUAAUUUCAUACUUUGCAGUUUCUUC